UUUGGAUUGAUUCUGGACACAGAGCGGUAAACAACUGAGAGAGACCAUGAGUGGACGUGAGGGCGGCAAGAAGAAGCCUCUGAAGGCACCGAAAAAGGAGCAGGCCGAAAUGGACGACGACGAUGUGGCGUUCAAACAGAAACAGAAGGAACAGCAAAAGGCACUGGAUGCGGCGAAGCAGAAAGCAUCCAAGGGUGGUCCGCUGUUGCAGGGUGGGAUCAAAAAAUCCGGCAAGAAGUGAUCAGCGCACCACACUACCCGCGCCAUCCCGAUCAGCAUCCCGACCGACACUCCCACUUGUCAUCAUCGCCAUUGGAGGUCGAUUGGAGGUGCGAAAAAAACACCCGCUGUUCGGAGGAUGUGAUCAUGUGUUCAGUUCACACUCUUUCCAUUUUCUGUCGUAUCGGAACGCAUCGCUAUUGCUCUAUUGGUAAAUAAACGUUUUCACU